UCCGUGGUACUGCUCUCGGGAUGCUAAGGCUAGACCCUGGGUCGAGAUCAUUGAACCCUACGUAUAAACACCUAACGCCCGCCCAUCAGGGCGGAAAGUGUCAGAACGUGCAACCACAACUGCAACCACAACUAGCACCCUAGAUUACCAUGACGAGGAACGGAGAACUGGUCUUCAUCACUGGAGGUAGCGGCCACGUCGGGUUCCGCGUGCUCGUUCGGGCACUCGAAGCCGGGUAUCGCGUGCGAGCAGCAGUGCGCAGCCCUGACAAGGCGCAGCGAAUCCGGAGCACUCCCUCGAUUCAGGCUCUUCACCUCGACGAGGACCGACUGUCCUUUGUGCAGGUCCCGGAUCUCACCGUCGAGGGGGCAUACGACCAAGCCAUUCAAGGCGCACACUAUGCCAUCCACGUAGCCUCACCCAUCCCUCAGCAGACCCACCUGGACCCUGCAGACAUGACCCAUGCCCGCCUGGUCGAGACCAUGAUAGACCCGGCGGUCCGUGGCACGCUGGGACUGCUCAAGGCAGCGCAAAAGGCGGGCUCUGUUCGACGGGUCGUCAUCACCUCGUCUGGCGCGGCGAUCGUGCCAUGGUCGUGGGUUGUAUCGGGGGGCGGCGGGGACCGGGUGUUCGACGCGAACAGUCGCGUCCCCUCCCUUCCGGCUGGGUACAAGCUCAGCUCUCCCUGGGAGGCAUAUGCAGCGAGCAAAGUGGCGGCGUUGAAUGAGGCCGAGCAGUGGCUGGCUGCCACGCGACCGGCCUUUGACGUGGUGCAUCUCUUCCCGGGAUUUGUGAUCGGACGAGAUGAACUGGCUCGUACGCCCGCCGAGCUGAUGCGGGGAUCCAACCAGGAGGUGCUGGACCCGGUGGUCUGUGAUAGCAAGGAGAGGUUCACGCCCAACUCCGCCGUUCAUGUGGAUGAUGUCGCCGAGGCGCAUGUCCGGUGCCUGGAUCCCGCCGUGCCCGGCAAUCAGGGCUUUAUUCUCGCCGCGGGAGGGGCUCAGGGCAUCAAUUGGCAGGACAGUCUGGAAAUCACCGCGCGCAGAUUCCGAGACGAGGUGGAGUCCGGUCUGUUGCCCAACACUGGGCAGAUCCAGUCCAUUCCGGUCCCGUUGGACGUGGGUUUGUCGGAGAAGGUGCUGGGGAUCAAGUUCCGCUCGUUUGAAGAUCAGGUCGUGGAUAUUGUAUCCUAUUAUCUUCAGCUGGUGGCCGCGUCGGAGAAAGUCUGAGAGUUGCAGUAGACCUGCUUCUUCUAGAAAAGCUCUGUCUGUAUGUACACGGACUAAAGAAUUGACACUGGCAUCCUAUUUUGCGCCCCAGCCCUCCAGAUUGACCGUAGUUGGUGUCCCUCCCGUUCGCACAAUCACCCAUUCCACCGGUUCGUCUGAGUGGUUGGCCUCCUGAUGUUCCGUAUACCUGCACAUGGUCAGCCUGUUUCCCCCCCUGGGAUCGAGGAUGG